GGAGGGGGGGGGCGUGUUGUAGGACGGUGGAUGCGGGAUUGUUGGGUGCCAAGGGGGUUCCGUCGGUAGCGUGUUCACGCCGAUAGAAAACUGCUCGUGUGUAAGAGAGUGCGUGCCAGGCUGUAGGGUUCUGUUUGUAGGAUUGCAGACAUUAGUGGGGAUCGGUGUAGGAGUCUGGGUUCUUGGGUGUAGGGCAGCCCUGUAGGGUGCUUGCUUUGUUUUGGGUUCUGCGUGUAGGGUGCUUUGCUGUAAGAGUUCCCGUGGGCACGGUUUAAACUUUCGAGGGUCACCUAAAAAUAGGGGCGCGCAGAUUAUAGCAGGGUGCUGGUGUGUAGGCUCAUCGGGCAUAAAAAAGGGCUAUUAUGUGCCUGUGGAAAAAAAAGGUUACCCGGGCAUAGAAUGUGCCCUCAGUGCUGGUGUCUGAGUGACAGGCGCAUGCUAUUGAGUUCUGGGUGUUGAGUAUGGAAGGGAUCGGGCAUAAAGAGGCGUCGAGUGCUUGCGUUAUAGGGUCCCGAGUGUUUGCUGCCCGGUGCACAUUAUAGGAUGCUUGUUGUAGGAGGUCAAGCGUAGGGGUGCAAGGGGGGUGGGUGUGUGUGUGUGUUGUGUUCUACACACCGAGUGUUGGGCGCUUGCACGUGCAGCGAUGUCGUUGGGAGAGAGGAUCGAUGCUGCUGCUGCUGCCGCCGCCGCCGCCGCUGCUGCGCUCAACGGAAGCGAGCGCGCGUCCGCUCGGACCCCGGGAAGCAACCGGAGCAAGGAGUACUACUGGGACUUUGAGUACUACGACUAUGAGCCCAUCUCGUUCGAGGGACUGCGCGCUCACCGCUACUCCAUCGUCAUCGGAUUCUGGGUCGGCAUCGCCUCGUUUGUCCUCUUCAUGUUCUUCAUCCUCGUCAUGCUGGUGCGGUCCGGGACGACAGAUGACCGGCGUCGUUGCAGCUCUCGGGGACCGAGCGUGCGGCGGAGAGCGCACGUCCUGCCGCGGAGUCCCAAGGCCGGUGAAAUGAGCUCCGUGAUCGAGCCGGGUUUCGGCAACAGGCGGGACGACGACGACGACGCUGAUGAGGAGGAGGAGGAGGAGGAGACGGCGGCGAUGACAUGCAUGCACCGCGAGCUGAGGCCCGGCCGCGCCGCGCUCCUCCACGCCGAGCAGGAGGGCCCUGCUGCCAUCGCCAUGGCCACCACCAACACCGCCGCCGCCGCCACCGCCACCUCCAUCCUCUACCACUCGGACAGCUUCGACAUCCCCAACCUGAUCUCCGAGUCGCGGGUGGACGCCGCAUCGGUGACGGCCGACGUGAGGCCCUCCCUGUCGGAUUAGCGGCGACUGACGCCGUAUAUGUCAAUGCCUACUGUGUAGGUGUCAGCAGUUGUCCGCCCUGCGCCCCCACAUGAUGCCAGUGGUGCACUCGAAUCUGCUGGUUCGACUUUAUGGCUCAGACACGUCGGCGUCGUGAACGGCGAGUGCCAACUAUCGCCGUGUGGCCACGUCAGACGGACGGUGCGAGAAUGACGCAGCCCACGCAGUGAGCCGCGUCGGGGUCGGCACGUCGAGUGAGAGAUCAAGCGGUGACUGGAAGCGGUCCAGCUGGCCGUGCGAGAUCGAGAUGGCAGCCCCUCUGCUGCGGAGGCAUCGACUGCUGCGAGUGGUGUGGACGCUAUAGGAGCCUCUGUCGGUCGAGCAGAAUAGUAAGCGGUCGUAGGUUAGACCUGUGAUUUGUAUUUGUUGCGCAUGCUACCCGCUGUGUUGUUCGCUCUUCUGGUGACAAUAAUGCCAAUUCAGGAACUGAAUUGGAGCGAAAAACGAUGCACAUGAUGCCAAACAAUAAAUGGUACAAAGUCAUAAGCGCAUCGGGGAGCUGCUAUACAGAUACCAUUACGAUUGCGCUUGACCGACAAAGGAUCGGAGUGCCCAGCUGGUUGUGCGAUUUGGCGUUGUGUUGUCAGACGAGGUCCGUUUGGAGCUGUGGAAGAGCAGUGGCGACUCCGCGUGUCUGAGAGUGGCUCCUUGGAAGCAGAUUUCACAGAACUUCUUCUGAGAUCCCUUCAAAGCGGCUUUUUUUUAGCCACAAAUUAGGGGCACUGCACUUUUCUGCAUGCCCUGCCCCGGGGAAUGUUUGUCUCAUGGCAGUCAAACCAAAUAAUUUGAACUCAAUACUGCUGCUCUGUAGGCAAAUUAACAAGGAGCCCUAAAUUAACGUGAUGUGUCCUGUGCAAUCAGUGCUGUAGGGAUGAGGCCGUCAACACACACUGGGCUUGAGGACCCGGUUGAAUCACAGGUGGUUGAUACAUAUAUUGAUAGAGAUUAUACAUCAUCAUGGGACCUCCUUUGCCAGUACCAAAAUAUGAGAAUAGGUUUUCCCCUUUUACCUGGCAACAAAACAGGUGUUAAGAUUUUUGAUUUAAAGCUUUCGUGACUGC